CACGGCGGCGGCGCGGGGCGGGCCGGGCGGCGGCCAUGGCUCCGAAGGGGAAGGGAGGCGGCAAGGCCGGCAAGGGCGGCGAGAGCGGCGAGGGCAAGGCGCAGGGCCCGAAGGGCGGCGGCAGCUCCGUUAAGGUGCGGCACAUCCUCUGCGAGAAGCACGGCAAGGCCAUGGAGGCCAUGGAGAAGCUGAAGGCCGGGGUGCGCUUCAGCGAGGUGGCCGCGCAGUACAGCGAGGAUAAGGCCAGGCAAGGGGGAGACUUGGGCUGGAUGAGCAGAGGCUCCAUGGUGGGACCCUUCCAGGAGGCUGCGUUCGCCUUGCCCGUGAGCAGCAUGGACAAGCCGGUGUACACGGACCCUCCCGUCAAAACCAAGUUCGGGUACCACAUUAUCAUGGUGGAAGGCCGAAAAUAAAGUGUGAAUGGCCAUUGA